CCGCCCCUCCCGCACGGAGGAGUCAGGCGGCCGCCCGCCGCGGCGGCCUCUGGAUGAGGACACUAGGCCGAAAGACGGUGUAGCUUGAUCGAAGUCCCAAGACGGUGUAGCUUGAUCGAAGUCCCAUACCUCUUCACUAACUGGACUCCAAGGCUCUAGAUGCCUUGGUCGUUACGCUCCUCGCCACAGCCGGAGUGCGGUGCCAGUUUAACCCACGCACCGUAGAGACUAUCUGCCAGAGAGCCACAAUGGACACAGCUAGCCAUAGCCUUGUCCUUCUGCAGCAGCUGAACAUGCAGCGAGAAUUUGGUUUUCUGUGUGAUUGCACAGUUGCUAUUGGAGAUGUCUACUUCAAAGCCCACAGAGCAGUGCUUGCUGCUUUUUCUAACUAUUUCAAGAUGAUAUUUAUUCACCAAACAAGUGAAUGCAUAAAAAUACAACCAACUGACAUCCAACCUGACAUAUUCAGCUAUUUGUUGCACAUUAUGUACACGGGGAAAGGGCCAAAACAGAUUGUGGAUCAUAGUCGUUUGGAGGAAGGGAUUCGAUUUCUUCACGCCGACUACCUUUCUCACAUUGCGACUGAAAUGAAUCAAGUGUUCUCACCAGAGACUGUGCAGUCCUCAAAUUUAUAUGGCAUUCAGAUCUCAACGACCCAAAAAACAGCUGUCAAACAAGGGCUGGAGGUCAAGGAAGCUCCUUCCAAUAACAAUGGAAAUAGAGCUGCUGUCCAGGGUGACCACCCCCAGUUGCAGCUCUCUCUUGCUAUUGGGCUGGAUGAUGGCACUGCAGACCAGCAGAGGGCCCAUCCUGCUGCCCAGGCCUUGGAGGAGCACCAGAAGCCCCCCGUGUCCAUCAAGCAGGAGAGAUGUGACCCAGAAUCUGUGAUUUCCCAGAGCCAUCCCUCACCCUCUUCAGAGGUGACAGGCCCUUCUUCCACUGAAAGCGGUAUCAAAACACACCUAUGCCAUUACUGUGGGGAACGUUUUGAUUCCCGUAGUAAUCUAAGACAGCAUCUCCAUACCCACGUGUCUGGAUCCCUCCCAUUUGGUGUCCCUGCUUCCAUUCUGGAAAGUAACGACCUUGGUGAAGUGCAUCCACUUAAUGAAAGUAGCGAGGCUCUUGAAUGCCGCAGGCUUAGCUCCUUCAUUGUCAAGGAUAAUGAGCAGCAGCCUGACCACUCACACCGGGGUGCCACAGAGCCUUUGCAGAUCAGUCAAGUGUCUUUGAUCUCCAAAGACACUGAGCCAGUAGAAUUAAACUGUAAUUUUUCUUUUUCAAGGAAAAGAAAAAUCAGCUGUACUAUCUGUGGUCAUAAAUUUCUCCGAAAGAGCCAAUUACUGGAGCACAUGUAUACACACAAAGGUAAAUCUUACAGAUAUAACCGAUGCCAAAGGUUUGGUAAUACAUUAGCCCAGAGAUUUCAGCCAUAUUGUGACAGCUGGUCUGACAUCCCCCUGAAAAGUUCUUGCUUGUCGCAAGAACAGUUAGACUCAUCUUGUGCCUUAGAGUCAGAACUCACACAAGAAAAUGUGGAUACUAUCCUGGUUGAGUAGCAGUUUCUCCUUCAGGAUUUUUGUAUCAGUUCUGAAAAAGAAAACUCACAUACUUCUUUUAAUUCAUAAAUUAUUUUUCUCCUCAAGUUCUAUUGACUUUUUCUUUACCAUUUAUCCAUAGUUUUAAGGUUGUAUGUAUUAGAUCUUUUUAUUGUAAGAUAUAUUGAUACAUAGCUACUAAAAUGUAACCUUCAAUUAGGGCUGUGAAGUUUUCAUAAAUUAAAUCACAAUUUAGAAAUCAGAAAUCAAUAUAGAAGUAUGGAAGUUUUUCCAGGUUGUAGAAUCUGUAAAAUCAAAUUGAAUAUGAAAUAAGUGAAAUCUUUUUUAAAGAAUAUUCUAGACUAUCACUUUUGGUUAAUGUUCCACAUGAAUUAAGCCCUUAUAAGGAUUAUUUUAAAAUAUUUUCUGCCAUACAGGGAAUUAAUAGUUUUUAGUGCAUAACUGUAUGUUAUAAUGUAUAAAUCAUUUGUUUUAAGGCAUAGCUAUACCAAAUCGUGAGUAGUUUUAAAUUACUUUUUACUUACUAGCUCUGCAACAUCUUAUGUGGCUUUAUUUUUUUUUUAACACUGAGCAUACCUCAUUUUCAAUAAAAAAUAUUUAAGAGAGAGAAAGGGAGAAGAGUCAGAAACACACACAAAAACUUAAACAGAAAGAUACAUACACAUAGAUAAGCAUAGAAGCCCCUGGUGUUAGAGACAGAAAUUCAGAUAGAUCUGUGUUGACUGACACCCUAAUGUUAUCUUAAUCUAGAGUGUUUUCUUAAAGACCUUAAGGGAGGGGCUUCCCUGGUGGCGCAGUGGUUGAGAGUCCGCCUGCCGAUGCAGGGGACACGGGUUCGUGCCCCAGUCCGGGAAGAUCCCACAUGCCGCGGAGCGGCUGGGCCCGUGAGCCAUGGCCGCUGAGCCUGCGUGUCCAGAGCCUGUGCUCCACAACGGGAGAGGCCACAACAGUGAGAGGCCCGCGUACUGCAAAAAAAAAAAGACCGUAAGGGAGUUUGAGAUUUUUAUGACCAGAGGUUUACAUGAGCUUAUGAGGUAAAUGAUAAAAUACAAAUUAUCUUUCUGCCUACAGUAUCAGAAGAUUUUAUAGGCUACCUGGGUUGACAUUAAUUUUCUAAUAAUCACCUGAAAAGGUAAUUUUUCAGUGGCACAAUUUAAACUUUUUUCUGGUCCAUAAAACCAGUAGAGUAGAUAUAGUCAGUGUCCUAGAACUAUGUUUAAAAUCCAUGACAGCCUUCCCUCUAUGAAUCAACUUAACUCCCUUUUAUAUUGGUGAAACUUACAAAGCUAAAAUUCCAGAAAAAUUAAAAUUGGUGGACUGAAUGAUAGAUUCUCCUGCUGUGUGUAGCUGGGAAAUAGCUGGUUAAACUUCACCACAGAGUAUAGAUGUAAAUUGUUUCUGAGGUGUUUAAAUUUAAAAUACUAGAGAGUCAAGGAUAACAAAAGAGAGAGGCUUCAGAACAGCCUUAUCUUUUUUUGUAUGCUGCCCUGCUAAAUUCUAAACCUCACAGGUAGCUUAGUAAAUUUAAUAAAUUUGGUUUGUGAAGAUUAGAAUUAAACUACGUACAGAAACUGUUUGAUCUCCUUCCUGACUGCUCACUUCUGCGGUUAUUUCCUGACAUCAGAGUUCCUCAACGGUAUCCGAGUUCAGUCAGGAUGUAGCUCAAAGAGAAAUCCAGCUCAUUCUGAGGGCACAAAGGUUUUCUCUGGGUUAUCAGUGAGUUUAGGUGAAUUAUGAACUGAUAAGUUUUUCUUAAGGAGUGAAUGAAGAAAACCAAUGGGCAUUGUCUAAGGUGGUUGAGUUUCUGUCGUAGACAUGGAUGGGAAGCCUUGUGGGGCCCAGGUUGACAUAUGUUAAGAGCAAAAUCUAAGUAGCUAUUGAUACAGAGUCAGUUGUAUUGGGAGUAGUUAAAACAAAUGUAUUGCUCUUUAGUGUCAGAACUGCAUCUAAUCUUAUAUGUAAAUCAUUUAAGUAAUUAUUCAAACUCAUACUGUCCUCAAAGACUUCAUCUCAUAGGAUGAACACAAAUAUUAACAUUGAUUUCAUGUAUCUUAGGCUAUUCUAGAUAUAUUCCCUAGCCUUCUUCAAGUAAAGUUUUAUUUUUCUCAUUUAGAUAAAAAUUUUCCUGAUUUUUCUCUUCUGUUUUCUUUCCUACUUGCUCAGUCAUUAGUCGUUGACACAAAGAAGUGUGUAUAGCUAAAGGGUGGGAGUAAGUGUGCAUAUGAAUUGUGGUGUAGGGCAGCAGUUCAGGGCAGAGUCUGGAUGUGGCAAAAGUUUGCUUUUGGCUGACUGUUCAUGACAGACAACAUUAACUUAAAGCAGAGAUAUAUCUACUUUUGUUGGGUGUUAAGGAAAGAGUGCUUAACUGUAUUUUUAUUCUUAUUCAUAAAGUUACUUUUAUUAUUAGGAAUUCAAAACAAAUGUUCUUUUCCUUCAUCUUCACAGUAUUCUGUCUAUAUUAGGAAGUGGGAAAAUGAUUACUCCAUUUUAUAGGAAAAUAUCCCAAAACCUGGGUUCCAGAGAGCCAGUGAAUCACUAUUCACUGUGGGAAAUGACCCCAGUUUUAUCUUUUUCAUUCAUUCAACAGGAAUAUUUUAAAAAUAGCUAUUUUAUGACUAACACUGUGCCCUGAGUGUAUUUUUUUAAGACAUGAUUCCUCACUAAGAAAAAUCUACUUUGUAUAAAAAAGUCCUCCCAGCAAAACCCUUUAGUUUUGACUACAUCAUUUGUAAAAUGGAGCUAUUAUCUUAGCCAUAUAGUAUGGUUUGCAUGAUGAUUAUCAAACUCUUAAAACUGGAAAUGCUGUGUACACCUUAAUGUAUUGGGCAAGUACUAGACAGACAUUUUCCCUUUGGAUCAGCUUAGAAUUUUCCCUUCUUUCUAGAUCCCACAUAUAGUUGUUCUCUGGAGGAAAACAGACUGUUUCAGUAUUUGUCCUUAUUAGCCUAUUGUCAGAACUCAGUAUCUGAUAAGUGCAGUCUGCCUUAUAAGAAAACCAAAAUUUCUUGAUUUAUCUCCUGAGAUUAUUAUCUCUUUCUCUGAUUUUCUGACUUCCCAUCUGUAAAGUGUCUGUAAGCAAUCCCUACCUCACAGGGGUGUUGUGAGGAUUUGUAUUAAAACUGUGUUAAGUUCUAUCAGUAUUACUGGUAAAAACCAACCAUAUAAAGAAAACUACAUUCUACAUGUUUUCUGCAGCUAAACCUAUUAACUUUAGUAUUCCAACUCAUAAAUUCUAGAAUGUCUUAAAAGCAGUCAUGUACUACUUAAUACUCAAUAAUUAAUUGGCAGAAUUCUUAUUUUUUUGGCAGAAUUCUUAUUUUUUUUUUUUUUUUACAAA